CUCGCUCUGAGAAGUGGGACAGUGUGCAAACUGCACCUGUCACACAGUCAGUUAUAGUUAUAGUGGCACACUGACUUUCAAAUGAGCCACUGCAGGACAGUGUACAGGAAGACUGCUGUAAGAGCUGCCAUGCUGAGAAGAGGCAGAAGCGUCCGGGCUCAGCCUUGGGCCUGUAGCGAUAUACGGCAAGAGACAGCUGCAAUGGCAGAGAUCCAGACGAUGGACAGAGAGGAGUGGGAAGACCAGAUCACGAUGGAGAUCAGCGACAUGGAGGCUAAAGUGGAUUACGUUGCUGUGAGUUCCCAGACUGUCUCUGAGGUGGAGGCCUUGCCCAGCACAGCGACGUCGAUAGGGGAGUCUUUCUGCCAGUGUCAGCCACAGGAAGUGCUCAGCUCAGGAUUCGCUGCCAUCAGUGACUGCCUCUGUGGGGAGGAGGAUCAGAGUUUUGACUGGGUAUGGGACGAGCACUUCAAGUCCUCCGGAGCCCUCCUCAGCGGUGACAACAGGAAAGUGAGUUUUCACUCCGACUACAGCUGUGGCACCGCUGCCAUCCGCGGCACCAAGGAGCUAGCAGACGGCCAACACUUCUGGGAAGUCAAGAUGACCUCUCCAGUUUAUGGAACCGAUAUGAUGGUGGGAAUUGGAACAAAAGCGGUAAACCUGGAGAAGUUCAAAUACAACUUUGGCAGCCUACUGGGCCAUGAUGAAGACAGUUGGGGGCUCUCCUACACAGGUCUCCUCCAGCACAAAGGGGACAAAGUGAACUUCUCCUCUCAAUUCGGACAAGGCUCCAUCAUUGGAGUGCACCUUGACACCUGGCAUGGUACCCUGACCUUCUACAAGAAUCGGCACUGCAUUGCAGGUGUUGCUGCCACAAGGCUCCGACACAAUAAGUUCUACCCGAUGGUGUGUUCCACAGCAGCUAAGAGCAGUAUGAAGGUGAUCCGUGCCUGCCACACACCCACCACCCUGCAGUACCUUUGCUGUGCCCGGCUCCACCAGAUGUUGCCCGAUUGUCCAGACAUACUCAGUGCGCUGGAACUGCCCCCAGGUCUGCGCACGCUCCUCCACGUACAACUGGGCUGGGUCUUCACUCUUAGUAGCAGCCCUGAGGCCUCGGAACAGCUCAGGGACUUGCCUGAGGAAUUCCAUGAUGAGACGAGCCUGCCUUUGAGCCCCAGCCCCAUUCCAAGCCCGGUAUUUCCCCUGAGUGCCUGCACCUCCCCGAGCCCCUGCACCAGUCCGUUUCCUGAAGCGGUCUCAUACCAGUGCCCCUGUCAGACGACACCUCAAACUCAACCCUGCACUUGCCGCUGCCCUCCAACUCCCCCUAGCAGUGACUAUGAUAGCUGCUGUUCAGAGCCUGAGGAUUACCAAUGCAAAAGAUGCCGCUGGACAUGAGGUCAAAACGUACUUCCAGUUGUUUGGCACACAGCUAUUCUACCAUUGCCAUCAAUGUCUCCUGACAUAGAUCAUGAAGAAAAGAGUGAUCUUGUCGUUAAGCCAAUAUUUGAGUUGACGCGAGUGAAUUGUUGCUUUAUAACUAGCAAUGUUAUACCAUUUAAAUAACUUUGUCCAUGAAAGGGGAAAAGAGGGUGACAUUUUAGAGUUGGUCAUUCAUUCUAAUUUUAGCAAAUUUCUAUCUGGGGAUUCUGGGGCUUAUAAGAGCCAAAUGUACUUCACUGAUUGUUACACACACACACUGAACAACUUGCGAAUGUUCACACUUGUCGUUCUCAGGGAUGGACUCCAGGGGGAGCGGAGUUGCUUUUUUGAUACCAUGAUAAUGACUUUUUUUGCACAUGUAACCAGCACUUGGCUUGAAUGUCAACAGUGGUUGUGUUAUUGCUUACGAGAUAAUUUGCUACUGUUAUUUUGUCUUUAUACAUUUAUGCUUUGUUUAUGAACUUUCUUAC